UAAAAUAUUUGUCAUCAUCGUAGCCUUUUUGCCACCUUUUCUCCAACAUCACUCACUCUGCCAAAAACAGUUUACAAAAUCACCUUGUUUAUUACUUCCAACCCCUCAGCCUGAAAAUGUCGUCCACGGAGGAAGGAGGCGGCGCCGUCGGAGCAGUUUCCACUGAUCAAGAAAUCAUUGACAACAACACCAACAACGAUUCCGUGAGCAUUGAUAUGCAGUUCCCGGGCGUCCCUCUUAGCGUUGGCGAAGUAGAGAAUCUCGAGUCAUUAGACAAAGCUUUCGAGGGCGGCCAACCCAACCUCACAGCCAAUCCAUUGAUCCGAAAGGUCCCAUCAACCCUUCGCCGUAACGAAGAUUUCAAGAAGUAUUUCAAGCCGAAAGUGAUCUCAAUCGGCCCACUCCACCACGAUGAUUCGACCCUCCAUGAAUCCAAGGAGCUCAAGCUCAAAUUAGCAGCACAUUUCGUCAAAAAACAUUGACGUCCGUAAGGAUUCCUUGUACAGCAACAUGAAGGAAGAGAUCGAUGACUUAAAGAAAUGCUAUGAUCCACAGGAAUUAGAGAAGUACAGCGACGAUGACGAGAAACUGGCUUGGAUGUUCUUCGUUGACGGCUGCGCAAUUUUACAAGCAGUUUAUAUGCGUUACGGUAAUUCUGAUGAUUUUUAUGAUGUUUAUGGCCAGUUGUUUAUUAAAAACGAUUUGCUUACAUUUGUGUACUCGGAUCUGUUCUUGUUGGAGAACCAAUUACCAUUUCGAGUUCUUGAAUUGCUUACAAGCUCGAUCAAGGGCAAAGAGUUCACGAAGGCAAUCAUAAGGUUCAUCGACGACACUGUUAUCACCCCAGCCGAGAUCAAAGAGCCACAGGACAGAUUUUGCUCCAGUGAAAGGUGGUGGGAGCAGCACGAAGGAGAGCGAAUUCACUUAUUACAUCUACUACGAGUAAGACUCCUUUUCAGAAAAGAAAAAUCAUGGGGGUGGGGUUUUCCGUUUUUCAUUGAACACAGAUUUAGCAACGAAGCAAGAACAAAACGGUGCCAUUCACACACCAUUCGUAACGUAAAAGAGUUUAAAAAGGUCGGGAUAUGGUUAAAAGCCAGCGAAACAAGUUGUUUAACCGACAUCAGUUUCAACCGUAUCUUCUUCGUCGGAAAAUUAUGUUUACCACCGAUCUCCGUCGAUGAUUCAACCAUGAACUUAAUAGCUUACGAAAUGUGUCCGGAUUUCGACAACAAUUUCAUCGUCACUUCAUAUAUGUGUUUCCUUGAUUUGUUGAUCGAUGAAGCCGAAGAUGUUAAAGACUUGAGAGACGCCGGCAUACUAUACAAUAGAUUGGGGAGUGAUGAAGAAGUGGCUAAGAUUUUCAAUAAGAUGAACACUGACUUAGUUCCUAGUCCGAUGAUUUACAGUGGGCUUAAACAAAAAAUACAUAAUCAUUGUAAGACUACGUGGAUUAAUCAUGCAGCUCAAGGUUAUCAUACUUAUUUUAGGAGUCCUUGGACGUUUUUGGCAUUUGUGGGUGCCAUUACUGCACUUUUGCUUGGUGCUUUGCAGACUUAUUAUGCCAUACAUCAGCCAAAGUAAGUGUUGUUUACGAGUCUUUUUGUAAACUCUGGUUACUUAUGAGAAUUUUGUAACUCCUGGAUGUUGGAUUCAAUCUAUUUAAAUUUUAGUGUUUAAUGA